GAAUUUAAAUACAUUUUCUUGUAUGGGAUGUAAAUAUUGGCAGAAAAACUGUUUCCAACCUAAUGACAAAAAAGUUUAUCUAAAAGAUAUGCUACGGACACUUUUAGUGUCAUUCUGUUGUGGAAAUUCCAUGUAUUUUCAUGAAAAUCAGAAAAUUAUCUAAAACUUCCAUUUUUUUUAUUUUAAUCUUUAGAGAGAGGCAUUGUUUUACCUGAUAAUUUUGUUUAUGGUAACAACUAUAAACUCUGAUCAAUGAUGCUUGAAAACCUUUAACAUUGGCUACAUGGUUUUUAUUUUUAUCCAACUCAAAAUCAAUUAAGGAACAAAAAUAAUCCAAUUUUGUUUUAAGUUUUCUACAAUCUAAUAUCAUGCUUUAUAUUUUUCCCAUUUUAUGAAUGCCCUACAUAUCUUAUCCUAAUUGAAUAUGUUUAAAGCAAAUAAAAUCUAAUAAAGGAUUUUAAACUCCCUAUAACAUGAUCAUUGCUGCUCUUUUUGUCCAGAUGAGACUGCCUUUCCAUAUCAGUGCCUCACAGGUAACCCUCCUCUUCCUCAACCUCCUCUGCCCAAUCCCACACACAGUUUCCACGCAUCUCCCAUCUUCUGCUGCUUUCUAUCCCAGUCAAGAGCUGGAAUCCAGCCUGUAUGACCUCAGUGCUCCACUGCAGGACACCAAAAUCCCUAAAAUGUGGUCUGACUGGCUUCAAGACUCUCUGCAAAUUCUUCUAGAGCCUGAGGAAGUGGGUGGUGUCUGGGAAGAAGAGCAGCUGCUGAGAGACCAGAGAGAAGACGUUAUGGAUCUGCCACUCUCCCCAUUCGCUGCUGAUAACUCUCUAGAGGCCAUGAACUAUCAGGACGGAGGAGAAGGUGAAGAAGGCUGGAAAAGAAACGAUGCUCUUACAUCCAUGGCCGGAGGGCUUCAAGCCGUCAGCCGAGAGAAAGGAGGAUUUGGUUUCCGCUUUGGGAGGAAGAGACGACUAGAAAAGAGGAGGAGGGAUGGAGGGGUAAUUGAAGGAGCUGGAAAACAGAGGAGGACAAGAGAAAGGAGAAAAAGAGGUUUCAUAACUGAAGUGUGGGGUUAAAUAGGAUUCCUUUUUUUAUCUUUACUUUAUUGUCAACAGAAAGCAACCAGUAGUAUCUAAUGCAUUUUAAACAGAGAGAAGAUGCAGAAAGCUGCUCUGUGCUUCACUGCCUAUAAUUGUAAGAAACGAGGCAAUAACGAAGAUUUUUGUUUAAUAAACAUUACAUAAUUUACAUGCCUUAAAAAUUCAUAUUAACUCUUCAUGAAAUUGCACAAAUGAAAAACUGUUAAGUUAAAUAUGUGACUUCCAUCAGUUGUAUCUGUCUCUCAGGCCUUGAUGGGUUUUUUUUUUAUUUACAGACAUUGUACAGCAGUUCAUCAACCCUUUCAAAGGAAAGAUGAAUGGUACCAGGUGAAAGCAAAAAUGACUAAUUUCAACCUGUGGUACAAGCACAAUUUAACAAAGGUUGUGAAUUGAUGAUCAAUCAGAAUAAAAAUAAGUACAUAUUGUUGCAUUCUGUACAUAUCCAAUACAUCAUGCUUCAUGUCUCAUUAAAACCAACUAAGCUACUGUUUUACUCAGCACCAUCAUUAAUAAGUGUAUAUCUGCUUGGAUUAACCAAUUUAAGAUGAGUGCAGCUGCUAAACUUUAGGACGCUGCACUCACCUCUUGAUGGCGCCUUAGUGACUCUAAUCAUUUUAGUGCAUCUCUGUGUGACAAACCUUCCCAGAUUCUUGGAACAGCAAUAUCAUAAAGAAUUUUGUAAAGUAAACAUUUACCAUUUCGAGGGGCUGAUCAUUAAACUCCUCAGAGCCAUUACUUUGAGAAAUAAUGAGAUAUGGUUAAGAAUAAAAAAGGGUUUAAUGCCGAAACUGAUCAAAUGUUACAUGUCAUACAAAUGGAAUAGGGUGACAUUCACUGUCCAGCGCUAGACUUCACUCAUCUCGCCUUAAGAGCACACACCAAGUGAAGCAAAGAAUGUAGAAUAUUCUCCUCAUUCUGCACCCUCUGUGUGACUGUUGCCAGUUUUAUAUGUUAUGCACACUGCUUACUGCUAUGCAAGCAUGCAGCAUCAUAUACUGCAUAUGAUGCAGUAUAUGAUCAUAUAUAUAAAGGACACAGAAUCAUAUACACAUAAAAAAUGUUUGCAUGAAGUAUGAGACUUCUGAAAUGUAAAAAAAAUCAUAUUUGAAAAGAAAAUGACAGUCGUUAUAUAGUCUGGAUUUCAUGUCAUGAAGUCUGUAGUUACUUUUCUACAUUGAUGCAAGAGGUUUAGUCACACAAUGUAGAAAACAUAAAAAUGUCAUAGUUUAGAUACAUAUGUGAAACCUCAAUGG